AUGUGGGGAUCCUGGCUGGCGGAGGACUGGGCUCCCGAGGUCCUGGGUCACGCCAUCGACUUGGAUGUGGAUGUGGAUGUGGAUGUGAAUAUGGAGGGGGCAGCGGCGACCACGCUUAAUGGCAAUGUACGUUCAAAAUGGCAAACUUUGAACACGACCGAAAUCCCACUAAGUAAGUGUACGCCCAGUUCAGCCCGGUUCAGGUUCCGGGAAUAUCCUCCGGGUUAGCCAUGUUCUCCGGGCUCUCCGGCCGGGUUCAGCUGCACCAGGUGUGCCCGUGCCCGGGUGGCUUCCUCUCCCACCCCUCGUCUUCUAGCCCCGAAACCGGAAUCUACGAUUGAAUUUCAGACAGUAUACGGCAAGCAACCACCCAAAACCACCAUCCGGCGGCCAAGGAAAACGCAAAGGCUUUUGCAAUUUUUAUGUGCAAUUUUUUACAUGAGAACCAAAGGCGGUAUGAGAUGUCGCUUGUGGCUCGUUAAGGUUAAGGGGUGCGGAUAA